UAUAAUUAUCAGAUAAGAGUUAUCCAGAUAUAUGUUUCGUCAAAGAUAAAUCCUAUUUGAACUUUGAAACUGAAGUAGUAUUAUUGAACGAAGCGUACAUCUUGUUGCUAUAAUAAAAAUAUAAAGUGGUAAUAAAAAAUACAUCUAAAUUGUUUAGAUAAUGAUCAUAUCAUAAAAUGACAUGUUUACAGUGUAAAUGGAUUUUAUUUUAUGAUAUAAUUGUAUUGCUUUUAUAUUUUAAUAUAACAUGUGCAAAAGACAUAAAAAAUACAAAAUUUGCUGGUAUUGUGGAAAAUAUUACAGUAUAUGUUUUAGAAGAUGAAAAUUAUUUUAAAAGCAAUAAUAUAUUAAAAUCAUUGAAAUUAAAUGUAUCUUGGACACCACCAAAUAGAGGAAAACAACCUUCUUCAUAUAGUAUUAUGAUCACAAGUAUUCCAAAAGAAAUUGAUAUAAACAAAACAGAAUGUACAGAAAGUUCUGCAUUUUAUACUGUGCAAAAUCAAAGCCCAUAUAGCAUAUUAAUACCACAAAAUAAAUUGUUAAAUGAUAUGCCGGAAAUACAAAUACAUCUAAACUGUACAUAUAAGAUACAUGUAUAUGCUAAUCCGAGAGCUAAACCAACAGGAAAAUUACCAGAGAUCAUCUACAAAGUUCCAGAAUGCAUAGGAUAUAAAUGUAGUUGCGCUAAUGCAAAAAUUAUUUUGCCUAUUCCGAAAGUAAAAGCAAUUCCAGCAAAAGAAAAUAUUAUUAUUAAUUGGAAUAUUAUGUCGAAUAAUUCUUAUAUUCAUUCUUAUAUGAUUAGGUACAAUAUUACAAAGAUAAAUAAUGUGUCUUCGACAACAAAUACUUUUAAUUGGGAUUUAAGAAUUGAUAAUCAGUAUUUGACAAUAAAAAAUAGAUACAAAAUACUAGUAACAGCAAUGGAUUACCGAGGUUGCUUAGGUAUUCCAGGUGGCUUUACUGUUAUUAAUACAAGCAAAGAUAAAACAUUGAAUAAAAAUACUAUGUGGUUGCUACUGACUGGUAUUGUCAUUUGUUUUAUAUUAGGAUUUAUUAUUACAUCAAUAUGUAAUAAAAAUGGAUAUCAUCUUAUAUCAUCUAGACGGAGACAAAUGAUAUCUGAUCUUUCUGCUUGUAAGCUGGCUCAAUGGCCAGAUCUAGUUUUUCAGAGACGUAAUAUUGAUGCAUAUGUCGAACAAAGAUUUGAGAAGACAUAUUACAAAGUGCAGAAUGAUGAAUUUGAAAUACCAUAUAAAUGUAUAAAUUUUAUACAUGAAUUAGGAAAAGGACAAUUUGGCACAGUAUAUCUAGGUAAUUUAAACAACAAUAAGGACAUAUUAAUAGCUAUUAAAAUGUCACAAUGUUCUGAUGUAUAUAACGAAUCUGAAGCUAGACAUCAACUAUUGGAAGAAAUCAAAAUAAUGAAAGCAGCUGGUUCUCAUACACAUUUAGUGAAUCUUAUAGGUUGCUGCACUUUACCAAAUAAUCCUAUAUGCAUACUUUUAGAAUAUAUGGAAGGUGGAGAUUUACUUGCAUAUUUACAUCACAGAAGAAAGAUUAAAUCAAAUGAUAUAUCUUUGUGCAAUUUUGAAAAAAUUGUAUUUAGAUAUGCAAAUAUUAUCAAAAGAAAUAAAUUUAAUAAUGAACAUUUACAUGGUGUAAUUAAAGAGCUACAAUUUAUUAAAUUUGCUCUUGAUAUUGCCAAAGGAAUGGAACAUUUAGAAGCUAAAAAAAUUAUACAUAGAGAUUUGGCAGCAAGAAAUAUUCUUCUUACUUCAGAUUUAACACUAAAGAUUUCUGAUUUUGGCUUAUCACGGAAUGGAAUAUAUGUAAUAAAUAAUAUAGCUAGUAAAAUUCGUCAACUUCCAAUACGUUGGAUGUCACCAGAAGCUAUACGUGAUCAUGCUUUCUCUUCAAAAAGUGAUGUUUGGUCAUUUGGUAUUGUACUCUGGGAAAUUGGAACCUUAGGUUCUUUUCCAUAUGCUGAUAUACAUGAUAACGAAUUGUUACAUUAUUUAACUCAGGACAAGUGUCAUUUAGCUUGUCCUGAUACAAUUUUUCAAGAUAUAUAUAAAAUAAUGUGUUCUUGUUGGAAUAUAAUGCCGCAAGAUAGACCUAGUUUUGCACAACUUGUUUUAGACCUGCAGAUAUUAAAAAAAUCUUUAUAUACUAUACAUGAAACUAAUAAUCCUUGUUAUGCAUUGUUAUCACACUAGUAUAAUCAGUUAAAAUCA